GGGGAGUAUACUCUCUUCCACCUUCAACUCCAAUCCUCAGCUCCAUUCCAGUUGAUCAGACCAUGUCUCGUACUGCAUUCCGUCCUUGCAUCGACCUGCACUCGGGUCAGGUCAAGCAGAUCGUUGGCGGGUCCCUCAACGACAAGGACCAGUCGCAGCUCAAGACCAACUUCGUCUCCAAUGAACCGCCUAGUUACUACGCUCAACUGUACAAGGAUAACAAUCUGAUAGGUGCACAUGUCAUCAAACUGGGACCAGGAAAUGAUGAGGCUGCAAAGGAAUGCCUUCGCACCUGGCCAGACGGUCUCCAACUCGGUGGUGGGAUCACAUUAGACAAUGCUCAAUCAUGGGUUGAAGCCGGAGCAGCCAAGGUGAUUGUCACUUCAUAUCUGUUUCCGGGCGGCAAGUUCUCGCUCGAACGGUUACAGGCCCUUUCUAAGGCCGUGGGAAAGGACAGGCUCGUCGUCGAUGUCAGCUGCAGGAAGCGUGAUAACGAGUGGAUUGUCGCCAUGGACAAAUGGCAAACCAUGACGGAUAUGAAGGUGAAUAAGGAGUCCUUAGACAUCUUGGCUGAUCAUUGCUCCGAGUUCUUGGUCCAUGCCGCUGACGUUGAGGGGCUCUGUAAAGGAAUCGAUCAGGAUCUUGUCAAAGCGCUGGGCGAGUGGACGACGAUUCCUACGACAUAUGCAGGUGGCGCAAAUGCUCUGAGCGAUCUGGAGCUAGUGAACCGGCUCUCUCAUGGCAAGGUUGACCUGACCUACGGAAGUGCAUUGGAUGUCUUUGGCGGAAAGACUGUCAAGUUCGAAGAAUGUGUUGCAUGGAACGAGGCCAUAAUUUGAACAGUUCGACAUAGUCUAUUGCUGUGUAUAAU